GUCCCGAUGUGUUCACAAAAUAAGCUUGAAGGUGCUCCCCAUCAUCCAGAGGCACCCGAUAGCCGAAGAAGGGAAACUCCGAAACAGUUACCAAACCAGUGAUCGGAGCGCGUAUCGCUGCUGCAGCGAGGGCCGGCCCAUCCUCUUAUCCGCGGAAUUUUCUGUUUGAGCCGCAACCCAAACAACCCAACCAGCCCCCACAAGAAGACAGUUCGGUCUGCCAUAUCGCCCUCGAUAAGACAAACACAACCACAAAAUGGCCUCUGGUGACCCAUCCUCCAAAUCCCCCUACCCCUCGACGACGUUCACAGUCCCCGACCAUCCGCCCCCCUCGUACGAAGCAGCCACAUCCACCAACAGCCAGCACAGCCAGCCCACCCCGUCCACCACCACAGCCAUCGCCAACCAGAUCUCCUCCACCCGAAGCAGCAUCUCCUCAACCGACAGCAGCAGCAGCAACAACAGCCACCCGGAAACCCGCCCGCUCCACCACCACCCACAAUACCAGCCGCCGCACCCCAUGACCCCGACGAGCGCGACGAAACCCACCAGGACCUGGGGCCUGGACGAGCGCACGCGCGCCAGCCUCGAGGACGCGCCGGGGUGCUGCUUCAGCACGCGCGGCGGGUGCUGCUGCAGCGACACGGGCGGGUGCUGUUUCUCGCGCGACGGCGGGUGCUGCUUCAGCGACGAGGGGGGCUGCUGCUUCAGCGACUCGGGCGGCUGCUGCUUUGGCUCCGAGGGCGGGUGCUUCUUUGGGCGCAGGGGCGGGUGCUGCUUUGGGGAUCGGGGCGGGUGUGGGUGCUCGUGAAGGAUGGGGAGGGGGGAGGGCUGGGCUGGUCCCGGGUGGUUGUUAUGGAUGGGGGAGGGGGGAUGGAGCGAGAUGGUUUUGGAGAGACUGAGAUUGGGGUUGAUUCUGGGGUGGCUGUUUGGGUAAGACGGGAGAGCGGGGAGGACGGAGCGAGAUGGUUUGGAGAGACUAAGAUUGGGGUUCAUGUUGAUGUGUAAUGAGCUUGCUUGGUUUGACACGGCGUUUUGGUGGCUUGUUGGAUGCAGUUUCUGAUGGCCCUUCCUGACCUUUCACACGUUACCGCCUGGCCAAUUUGGUCGGCUGGUGAACCAUCUCAUCUCACUUCCAAGCGCGAGAUCGCUUAUGCUUUCCAAGUGUAUCCAAUUAUGUAAAUGAGUACCGGUCUGGUGGAAAACUGCCCCUAACUCUCUCUAGGCCUGCGCCG